AUGCCGCCGAAGCGAGCGGCCGCCAAAAAGCCGCCCGCGGGGCCCCCGAAAGGAUCCGCCGCGUCCGCGAAGAAGGACCCCUUAGACGAGAUCGCGGCGACGAUCCAGAAACAGAAGGCGUUCGUGACGUGCGCGAGCGACGAGAACAAGCACGUGAACGAGCACGCGUACAGUGGCGCGUACGCGGCGUUAGGGAUCGACUCCGCGUUCACGGCGGAGAAAUUCCGCGACGAGUUCAAGCUCGAGGUGACGCACCUCGACGACGAGAAGGUGGAGUUCGAGAUGCAAGGACUCUCGCCCGCGAUCGCGAACGCGUUCAGGAGAAUCUUGAUAGCGGAAGUGCCCACGAUGGCGAUAGAGAAGGUGUUCAUGGUGAACAACACGUCCGUGAUUCAAGACGAGGUUUUCGCGCACAGGCUCGGGCUGAUUCCGAUCCGCGCGGACCCGCGGCUGUUCGACUUGAGGGGCGAAGGCGACACCCCCACGGAGAAGAACACGAUCGUGUUUAAGAUGUGCGUCAAGUGCACGCGGGAGAAGACCACGGACGGCACGAAGGGCGCGCUCAUCAACGACAAGGUGUACACGGACUCGUUGGUGUGGCUGCCGAACGGGAGCGAGCUGCCGCCGGACGAGGAGACGAAGUUCACGCAAUUCUCGUGCGACCAGGGCGAGUACCUGAAGAAACGGAACAAAGAGAGCAAAGAACUGGGGGAGAAGGAGUACUUCAACCGAAACGGAAAGGACCCAAACGUCAUAUCCACGGUGCACGACGACAUCCUCCUCGUGAAGAUGGUCGCCGGCCAAGAGAUCGAGCUCGAGGCGCACUGCACGAAGGGCGACGGGAAAGAACACGCCAAGUGGUCCCCCGUGGGGACGACGUGGUACCGCAUGGUCCCGCAGGUGACGUUCCCGAGCGGACCGCUGACGGGCGAGGACGCGGACGUGUUCAUGCGCGAAUGCGCGGACUUCGACGACGCCCACGCGUGCUACGAGCGCGUCGGGAGCGACAGGAGGGUGGUGGCGAAGAACGAACGCGGGUGCGAGUUUUGCGUCGAACGCGUGCGGGCGCUGAGCGGCGAGCCCGGGUGGGAGGAGAAGGUUCAGUUGCUGAAGAAGAAGGAUCACUUCAUAUUCACGGUGGAGAGCACGGGGCAGAUGCCGCCGGAGCUGAUCUUCAAGGAAGCGGUGAACGUGCUCGCGUCGAAGUGUCAGUCCGUGUUGUCGGCGCUCUAA